AUGACUGUCCUUGAUAUCGACGUCCCUGCUGCCCAGGGCAUCUCCUACUUCACUCCUGCCCAGGAUCCUCCUGCCGGUACGGCAGCUAACCCUCAGACCAAUGGCCAGAAGAUCCCCAAGCUCUUUCGGCCAUUGACCAUCCGUGGCGUCACCUUCCAGAACCGCCUUGGUCUUGCACCCCUGUGCCAAUACUCAGCUCAAGAUGGCCACAUGACAGACUGGCACCUCGCCCAUCUUGGUGGCAUCGCUCAGCGCGGACCCGGCAUGAUGAUCAUCGAAGCGACAGCCGUCCAGCCCGAAGGACGCAUCACCCCCCAGGACGUCGGCCUGUGGAAGGACUCGCAGGUCGAGCCGAUGCGCCGCGUUAUCGAUUUUGUACACAGCCAGGGCCAGAUGAUCGGCGUGCAGAUCGCCCACGCCGGCCGGAAGGCCAGCACUGUCGCUCCCUGGAUCUCCUUCUCCGCCAUUGCGACACAGAAAGUCGGCGGAUGGCCGGACCGCGUUGUAGGGCCCAGUGAUAUCCCCUUUGCGCCUUCGUUCGCGCAACCCAAGGCGAUGACGCUCGACCAGAUUGAGCAGUUCAAGAAGGACUGGGUGAGCGCCACGAAGCGUGCGAUUGCCGCGGGCGCCGAUUUCGUCGAGAUUCACAAUGCUCAUGGAUAUUUGCUGUCUUCGUUCAUGUCGCCCGCCGCCAACAACCGCACCGAUCAGUACGGUGGAUCCUUCGAGAACCGCAUCCGACUGCCGCUGGAGAUUGCGCAGUUGACCCGCGACGCAGUUGGCCCUCAUGUCCCGGUCUUCCUCCGCAUCUCGGCCUCGGACUGGUGCGAGGAGACCCUCCCCGAGCAGAGCUGGCGGUCCGAGGACACCGUCCGGUUCGCGCAGGAACUCGUCAAGCAAGGAGCGGUAGACCUGAUUGAUAUCAGCACCGGUGGUGUCCUGGCGCAGCAGAAGGUCAAGUCUGGCCCUGCGUUCCAGGUACCCUUUGCUGUUGCCGUGAAGAAGGCCGUGGGUGAGAAGUUGCUGGUGGCCACCGUGGGCGCCAUCACCAACGGCCAGCAGGCGACCCAGAUCCUCGAGGAGGAGGAUUUAGAUGUCGCUCUGGUGGGACGUGGAUUCCAGAAGGAUACCGGGCUGGCCUGGACAUUUGCUCAGCAUCUCAACACCGAGAUCUCCAUGGCAAACCAGAUCCGAUGGGGAUUCACCAAGCGUGGUGGCACGCCGUAUAUCGAUCCUUCGGUGUACAAGCAGUCGAUUUUUGAUUUUUAG